AUGGAGAGUCGUUCCACUCAAGCCUCUAAGAAGUAUCAACUGGACUGUCAAUACCUCAAUUCUUGUUUCUCAGGCAAUGAUCCAAAUAAUAUCAUUACCAAACAAAAGCUUGUGGAGCUUCUCACAACCCGAAGCCAGCAGGAACUCAAGCUUAUCCGCCAAACAUACAUUACUCUCUACAACAAAGAUCUUCUCCAUGUUCUAUCUGGCAUUCGAAAGAAUGAUGCCUUUGCUAAUUUAGUGCAUCUUCGCCUUAGUGAACCACAGGAUCGCGAUGCAGACAUAGUGAGAGACGCACUUUUUGGGGGGAGAGUGAACCUUAAUGCUGUUAUUGAAGUAGUGUGUACUCGUUCUUCUUCAGAGCUCCAUUCUGUCAAGCAGGCCUAUCGAUUUCGCUAUAAUUCCGAUGUUGAACAGGAUAUUACCCUCAAAGCUGAAGGUGGUUUUAAAGAGAUUCUUCUUGCAGUCCUGAAAUCGAGUCGCAAGUAUGGCAGCAAAGUAGACAGGAGCAUGGCCAUGUGCGAUGCUAAGACACUGUACGAAGCAAUGGAGAGUGGAAUAUUUGUUGAUUGGAAAGCAGUCAUUUCUCUUAUGAGUGAAAGAAACACUGGACAACUCAAAGCCAUUCUGAUCUCCUACAAGGAACUCUACGGUCAGGAAUUCUCCAAGUUUCUCAAGUGCAACAAAUGUGGAAAAUUUGGAAAGGAACUCCGCGUCGUAGUCCGAGGCAUGCAGUAUCCUGAAAGGUUCUUAGCCAAGCAGCUGAACAGAGCACGGCAAAAUAGCAACGCACGGGAAGUUGUAGCCAGAAUAAUAAUUUCUCGUUUGGAAGUAGACAUAAAAAAUAUUAGCAAUGUUUUUGCUGCCAAAACACGAUGGUCUUUAGGAAACCUUGUGAGAAGGGAAUUCAACACUUCCGGCAGUGGCAACAGUCAUGCUAGCAAAGCCAAUGCCCUGCUUGCUGAAUUUUUGUUGGGACUUCUUAAACGUUGUUAGGGAGAUUCCAUGUUAGAGGCUAGGGAUUAUUGUUAAGGUCUGUCGUAUGAACAUACUAGGGCUAAACUUGGGCAUGUUCCAAUAAUGUAUAGCUGCCUAUAUUGACUGGAUGUCUACUAGAUUUGGAAGGAAAUGCCAUCAGUGUACGUUACUUAUAUUUAAAUA